AUCCCACUCCAAUUUCCCUCCUUUUUCAAGGCAUGGGUGUACGUCUAUGAGCUUUUGGGGGGAAUAAAACCCCCAGAUUGCUAACGAAGAGGGGUAUUACAGAGCAGGAUGGCAAUGGGCAAAGCUCUGCUGCUCUUCCAUGGAUUUGUCCUGCUGGCUCUGUGUAGACCCUCACUUCAAGGAGGAGUCUACAUACCAGCUGCAGGAGGAGGAGGGGCUGGGCCUGGAUUAGGGGCUGGCAUCGGUCCUGGUAUCACUGGAGUUGGUCCAGUAGGGGGUCUUGGAGCUGGACUUGGUACUGGAAUUAGCCCUGGGGUAGGCGUAGGCACAGGACUUGGUCCUGGAGGUAUAGGGACCGGAGUCCUUCCAGGGAGUGGUGUUGGUGCUGGUCCUGGAGGCGCACUGGGAACUGGACCAGGAAUUGGCACCAGUCCUGGAGCAGGAGUACCAGGGAGGUUUCUUGGUUACAAGCCAGGGAAGACAGCUGGUCCUGGUACAGCAGGGACUGCAUUUGGUACUGGUACUGGUGGGCCAGGACUCGGAACUGGAGCAUUUGUUCCUGGUACUGGUACAGGAGGAGUAGGACCAGGUGGUUUUGGUACAGGUCCUGGAACAGGUGGACCAGUCACUGGAGGUCUUGGAACUGGUGGAAUAGGUGCUGGUGGCUUGGGAACUGGAGGACUUGGAGCAGGAGCUGCUGGCAAGCCUCCAAAAACAGGGGCAGGAUAUGGUGCUCAGGGACUUGGAACUGGUGCUCUUGGAGGUGGUGGACUAGGAGGACUUGUGCCUGGAGUUGCAGGGCCUGGUACUGGAGGACUAGGCCUUGGUGUUGGAGUGCCUGGUACUCUUGGAGCAGGAGUUGGACCUGGAGGGAUUGGUCCAGGUGGUCUUGGAGCUGCUGGUCUUGGUCCAGGUGGUCUUGGAGCUGCUGGUCUUGGCCCUGGUGGACUUGGAACUGCUGGUGUUGGUCCUGGUGGACUUGGAACUACUGGUGUUGGCCCUGGUGGACUUGGACGAGGCAUCAGUGGGAAACCUCCAAAACUGGGAGGCUUAGGUGGACUUGGCACUGGACAGAGUGUUGGGAGUUUUGGACCUGGAGGAGUUGGUCCUGGAGGAGUCGGACUAGGAGUCGGACUAGGAGGAGUUGGACCAGGAGGAAUUGUUCCAGGAGGAGUAGGUCCAGGUGGAGUUGUUGGUCCAGGAGGAGUUGGUCAAGCUGGAGUUGGACUAGGAGGAGUUGGUCCAGGAGGAGUCAGACCAGGAGGAGUUGGCCCAGGAGUCGGCCCAGGAGGAGUUGGUCCUGGAGGAGUUGGUCCUGGUGGAGUUGGCCUAGGUUAUGGUCCUGGUGGAGUGGGAGUAGGCAUAUAUGGACAAUAUGGCACUGCUGGAGGUCUCUAUCCUGGUGCUGGACAGAAACCACCAAAAACAGGUCUUGGUGGAGCUGGAGUCGGUCCUGGUGGUGCAGGUUUCGGCCCUGGUGGAGCUGGCGUUGGCCCUGGUGGAACUGCAGUAGGACCUAGUGGAGCUGGAGUUGGUCUUGGUGGAGCUGGAGUUGGCCCUAGUGGAGCUGGAGUUGGUCCUGGUGGAACUGGAGUUGGCCCUGGUGGAGCUGGAGUUGGUCCUGGUGGAACUGGAGUUGGGCCGAGUGGAACCGGAUUUGGCCCUGGUGGAGCUGGAGUUGGUCCUGGUGGAACUGGAGUUGGUCCGAGUGGAACCGGAUUUGGCCCUGGAGGAGCACCUACUUUGCCACAAACUGGAUUACCAGGUACUGGAACAGGCCCUGGGCGCAAAGUUGGCAAGACAGGGAAGGCACCAGUACCAGGUAUUAGUGUUCCUGGGUUGUACCAGGGUGGUAUUGUUCCUGGACAAGGUUUUGGUGGCCAAGGGGUUUUGCCAGGUGUAGCUACAGGAUCUCAGACUGCUCAGCUUGGUCAAGGUGGACUUGGGGCCAAUGGCGGUCGUGGGAGCUUUGCUGGACAACAGUUACCAGGAGUGUUUCGUGGAUAUCCUCUGAUUUCACCAAAGUCUGGAGGACCUGGCUCAGCUAAGUCUCAGGCUAAAGCUGCUAAAUAUGCAGCGGGACUUGGUGUAGGAACUGGAGUAGGUGGUGUACCUGGAGCUGUGCCUGGAGCAGGUGGUGUACUUGGUGUUGUACCUGGUGCUGGUGCUGUACCUGGAGCAGGAGGUGUACCUGGUGCUGUACCUGGUGCUGGUGCUGUACCUGGAGCAGGAGGUGUACCUGGUGUUGCACCUGGUGCUGGAACUGUACCUGGAGCAGGAGGUGUACCUGGUGCUGUACCUGGUGCUGGUGCUGUGCCUGGAGCAGGAGGUGUACCUGGUGCUGUACCUAGUGCUGGUGCUGUACCUGGAGCAGGAGGUGUACCUGGUGUUGUACCUGGUGCUGGAGCUGUACCUGGAGCAGGAGGUGUACCUGGUGCUGUACCUGGUGCUGUGCCUGGAGCAGGUGGUGUACCUGGCUUUGGUGUUGGUCCUGGAGCAGGUGGUGUACCUGGAGCAGGUGGUGUACCUGGUGCUGGUGCUAUACCUGGAGCAGGUGGUAUACCUGGUUUUGGUGGCCCUGGAGGCUUGUAUCCCAGUGGUAUUGGUACCUAUCCGGGAGGAGCAGGAGCCAAAGCACGGAAGUAUGCCUCAGGCAUUGGUGUGGGUGGACUACCUGGACUUGGAACUGGUGGGCUUGGUGCUGGUGCUGUUCCCGGAUCUGGAGUUGGAAUUGGUGGACUUCCAGGCUCUGGUCUAGGAACUGGUGGACUUCCUGGCUCUGGUCUUGGAGCUGGUGGACUCCCUGGGUCUGGUCUUGGAGCUGGUGGACUUCCUGGGUCUGGUGUGGGAACUGGUGCACUUCCUGGGCCUGGUCUUGGAGGUGGUGGACUUCCUGGCUCUGGUAUUGGAGCUGGUGGACUUCCAAGCUCUGGACUUGGAAUUGGUGGACUUCCUGGCUCUGGUGUUGGAGUUGGUCCUGGAGGAUAUGCUGGAGCCAAAGCACGAAAAUAUGCUCAGCUUGGAGGUCCUGGUGGGGCUUUAGGUGCUGGAGGAUUGCCAGGAGGACUUGGGACUGGUGGGCUUCCUGGCUCUGGACUUGGAACUGGUACACUCCCUGGCUCUGGUCUUGGAGCUGGUGGACUUCCUGGCUCUGGUCUUGGAGCUGGCGGACUUCCUGGCUCUGGACUUGGAGCUGGUGGACUUCCUGGCUCUGGACUUGGAGCUGGUGGGCUUCCUGGCUCUGGUGUUGGAGUUGGUCCUGGAGGAUAUGCUGGAGCCAAAGCACGAAAAUAUGCUCAGCUUGGAGGUCCUGGUGGGGCUUUAGGUGCUGGAGGAUUGCCAGGAGGACUUGGGACUGGUGGGCUUCCUGGCUCUGGACUUGGAACUGGUACACUCCCUGGCUCUGGACUUGGAGCUGGUGGACUUCCUGGCUCUGGUCUUGGAGCUGGUGGACUUCCUGGCUCUGGACUUGGAGCUGGUGGACUUCCUGGCUCUGGACUUGGAGCUGGUGGGCUUCCUGGCUCUGGACUUGGAGCUGGUGGACUUCCUGGCUCUGGACUUGGAGCUGGUGGUCUUCCUGGCUCUGGUGUUGGAGUUGGUCCUGGAGGUUAUGCUGGAGCCAAAGCACGAAAAUAUGCUCAGCUUGGAGGUCCUGGUGGGGCUUUAGGUGCUGGAGGAUUGCCAGGAGGACUUGGAACUGGUGGGCUUCCUGGCUCUGGACUUCCAGGCUCUGGACUUGGAGCUGGUGGGCUUCCUGGCUCUGGACUUGGAGCUGGUGGACUUCCAGGCUCUGGUCUUGGAGCUGGUGGGCUUCCUGGCUCUGGACUUGGAGUUGGUGGACUUCCUGGCUCUGGACUUGGAGCUGGUGGACUUCCUGGCUCUGGACUUGGAGCUGGUGGUCCUGGAGGAUAUGCUGGAGCCAAAGCACGAAAAUAUGCUCAGCUUGGAGGUCCUGGUGGGGCUUUAGGUGCUGGAGGAUUGCCAGGAGGACUUGGAACUGGUGGGCUUCCUGGCUCUGGACUUCCUGGCUCUGGACUUGGAGCUGGUGGACUUCCUGGCUCUGGACUUGGAGCUGGUGGGCUUCCUGGCUCUGGACUUGGAGCUGGUGGACUUCCAGGCUCUGGACUUGGAGCUGGUGGGCUUCCUGGAUCUGGACUUGGAGCUGGUGGACUUCCUGGCUCUGGACUUGGAGCUGGUGGACUUCCUGGCUCUGGUCUUGGAGCUGGUGGUCUUCCUGGCUCUGGUGUUGGAGUUGGUCCUGGAGGAUAUGCUGGAGCCAAAGCACGAAAAUAUGCUCAGCUUGGAGGUCCUGGUGGGGCUUUAGGUGCUGGAGGAUUGCCAGGAGGACUUGGAACUGGUGGGCUUCCUGGCUCUGGACUUCCUGGCUCUGGUCUUGGAGCUGGUAGACUUCCUGGCUCUGGACUUGGAGCUGGUGGACUUCCUGGCUCUGGACUUGGAGCUGGUGGGCUUCCUGGAUCUGGACUUGGAGCUGGUGGACUUCCUGGAUCUGGACUUGGAACUAGUGGACUUCCUGGCUCUGGACUUGGAGCUGGUGGUCUUCCAGGCUCUGGACUUGGAGCUGGUGGUCUUCCUGGCUCUGGUGUUGGAGUUGGUCCUGGAGGUUAUGCUGGAGCCAAAGCACGAAAAUAUGCUCAGCUUGGAGGUCCUGGUGGGGCUUUAGGUGCUGGAGGAUUGCCAGGAGGACUUGGAACUGGUGGGCUUCCUGGCUCUGGACUUCCUGGCUCUGGACUUGGAGCUGGUGGGCUUCCUGGCUCUGGACUUGGAGCUGGUGGACUUCCAGGCUCUGGACUUGGAGCUGGUGGACUUCCUGGCUCUGGACUUGGAGCUGGUGGGCUUCCUGGCUCUGGACUUGGAGCUGGUGGGUUUCCUGGCUCUGGACUUGGAGCUGGUGGGCUUCCUGGAUCUGGACUUGGAGCUGGUGGUCUUCCUGGCUCUGGUGUUGGAGUUGGUCCUGGAGGUUAUGCUGGAGCCAAAGCACGAAAAUAUGCUCAGCUUGGAGGUCCUGGUGGGGCUUUAGGUGCUGGAGGAUUGCCAGGAGGACUUGGAACUGGUGGGCUUCCUGGCUCUGGACUUCCUGGCUCUGGACUUGGAGCUGGUGGACUUCCUGGCUCUGGACUUGGAGCUGGUGGACUUCCUGGCUCUGGACUUGGAGCUGGUGGACUUCCUGGCUCUGGACUUGGAGCUGGUGGGCUUCCUGGAUCUGGACUUGGAGCUGGUGGACUUCCUGGCUCUAGACUUGGAGCUGGUGGACUUCCUGGCUCUGGACUUGGAGCUGGUGGUCUUCCUGGCUCUGGUGUUGGAGUUGGUCCUGGAGGAUAUGCUGGAGCCAAAGCACGAAAAUAUGCUCAGCUUGGAGGUCCUGGUGGGGCUUUAGGUGCUGGAGGAUUGCCAGGAGGACUUGGAGCUGGUGGGCUUCCUGGCUCUGGACUUCCUGGCUCUGGACUUGGAGCUGGUGGACUUCCUGGCUCUGGACUUGGAGCUGGUGGACUUCCUGGCUCUGGACUUGGAGCUGGUGGGCUUCCUGGAUCUGGACUUGGAGCUGGUGGACUUCCUGGCUCUAGACUUGGAGCUGGUGGACUUCCUGGCUCUGGACUUGGAGCUGGUGGUCUUCCUGGCUCUGGUGUUGGAGUUGGUCCUGGAGGAUAUGCUGGAGCCAAAGCACGAAAAUAUGCUCAGCUUGGAGGUCCUGGUGGGGCUUUAGGUGCUGGAGGAUUGCCAGGAGGACUUGGAACUGGUGGGCUUCCUGGCUCUGGACUUCCUGGCUCUGGACUUGGAGCUGGUGGACUUCCUGGCUCUGGACUUGGAGCUGGUGGGCUUCCUGGCUCUGGACUUGGAGCUGGUGGGCUUCCUGGAUCUGGACUUGGAGCUGGUGGACUUCCUGGCUCUGGACUUGGAGCUGGUGGGCUUCCUGGAUCUGGACUUGGAGCUGGUGGACUUCCUGGCUCUGGUGUUGGAGUUGGUCCUGGAGGAUAUGCUGGAGCCAAAGCGCGAAAAUAUGCUCAGCUUGGAGGUCCUGGUGGGGCUUUAGGUGCUGGAGGAUUGCCAGGAGGACUUGGGACUGGUGGGCUUCCUGGCUCUGGACUUCCAGGCUCUGGACUUGGAGCUGGUGGGCUUCCUGGCUCUGGACUUGGAGCUGGUGGGCUUCCUGGCUCUGGACUUGGAGCUGGUGGACUUCCUGGCUCUGGACUUGGAGCUGGUGGACUUCCUGGCUCUGGACUUGGAGCUGGUGGACUUCCUGGAUCUGGACUUGGAGCUGGUGGACUUCCUGGCUCUGGACUUGGAGUUGGUGGACUUCCUCGCUCUGGUGUUGGAGUUGGUCCUGGAGGAUAUGCUGGGGCCAAAGCACGAAAAUAUGCUCAGCUUGGAGGUCCUGGUGGGACUUUAGGUGCUGGAGGAUUGCCAGGAGGACUUCCAGGAGGAUUACCAGGGGGGUUACCAGGGGGACCUGGGACUGGUGGUCUAGUUGGCAGUGGACUUGGAGCUGCUCUCUUGCCUGCUGGGGGAGUUGGAGGAACUGGUGGUGUACCUGGAGGUGUUGGAGGGCUGCCUGGUGGAGGGCUCAGACCUGCUACUGGAACUGGGGGUUAUGGAACUGAUGCAAAAGCUCGAAAAUAUGGUAUGACAGGAGGUGCUGGUGGUGCCCUAGGAGGACCUGGUUCCGGAGUUGUACCAGGAGGGACAGUAGGUGGAAUUGGCGGAGCUGGAAGUCAGCCUGGAAGUGGCCUUGGACCUGGUGGUGUACCUGGUGGUGGCCUUGGUCCUGGAGGUGUGGCAGGCGGUGGCCUUGGACCUGGAAGUGUGCCAGGGGUUGGCUUUGGACCUGGAGGAGUACCUGGUGGCAGUCUUGGACCCGGAGGAUAUGCUGGAACCAAAGCUCGCAAAUAUGGAUUCCCAAGUGGAACAGGUGGGACUCCUGGAACAGGAUUGCCUGGAGGAUUAGGAGGGGUACUUGGUGGUGGAUUAGGACCAGGAGUACCAGCUGGUGGUCUUGGUGCUGGAGUGGCACCAGGAGGUGGAGUAGGACCUGGAGGUGUACCAGCUGGAGGCUAUGGACCUGGUGGAGUACCUGGGGGAUAUGGUCCUGGUGGAGUACCUGGGGGAUAUGGACCUGGUGGAGUACCUGGGGGAUAUGGUCCUGGUGGAGUACCUAGGGGCUAUGGUCCAGGUACUGGAGCAUAUCCAAGUGGAUCAAAGGCACUUAAAUAUGGUCAGGCUGGGCAUGUUGCUUCAUCUGGUGUAGGACCAUUUGGAAUAGGCACAGGUCCUGCUCAUGGAUUUGGACCUGGAGCUGGACCUGUUGGUGGAUAUGGCCAGGGCACUGGACUGAGUCCUGGGGCUGGAUAUGGACUUGGAGCAGGCAGCGUACCUGGAGGAACAGGAGUCAGAGGAGGGCCUACAGGUGCUGGAGGAUAUGGACCAGGUUCGAAAGCUGCUAAAUAUGGACAAUUAGGAGCAGGAGCAGUACUUGGCACUGGAACAGGAGGAGUAGCGAGCACUGGACAGGCUGUGCCUGGGGGCUUUGGAGGUGCUCUUGGCUCUGGAUCUGCUCUUGGUGGAGUUCCUGGAAGUGGACCAGGCACAGGUCUUGGAAGCUAUGGAGGGUAUGGACCAGGGGGAAAGCCAUCAAAAUAUGGUCAACCUAGUGGUGGAACUGGGACUGUGUUAGGUGGAGCAGGGUCAGUACCUGGUGUUGUUGGAGCUGGAACCACAACCACAGGAAUAGAGACUGGAAUUGCAACUGGUGCAGGCACUGUUGGUGGACCAGGAGGGGUACCAGUCACUGGAAGCAAGACAGGCAAAUAUGGAGUUCCAGGAGUCAUAGAAGGAGUAAUAGGAGGAACAGGAGUUCCAGGCAGUAUACCAACAGAAUCGACAGAUCAGAGAACCAAAACAGGAGUUGAUGAAGCUGUUACGACUGGUAAUGACACUACAGAAGGACCAGGUGCUACUAAGGCCCCUAGGUUGGGGGAACCAGGUGGAGUAAUAGAGGGAUCUGGAAAUUCUAUUGGUGGUGGUCCAGGUGAAGGAGUUAGUGGUGGUCCUAUUGAUGGGGAUGGACUUGAUGGAGUUACUGGGACAGGAAUUCCCAUCCUAGCUGGCGGUAAACCAGAUGUAGCUGGUUCAGUUCCAGGAGGGCAGAUACCAGAAACUGGUGGUGGAGUAGUUCAACCCAGUGCUGGAACAAGAGUUGGUGGUGUUGGUCAAGGUCAGCCAUCAGGUGGUGCUGGUGUUGGUAUCGGUAUUGGUGUCGGUAUCGGUGUUGGUGGAAAAUCGCAAAAACCAAGCGCAGGUGGAAUAGGUGAUAGUCUACCAGGAGCCAAACCUUUGAAACCUCCAGGUGGUGUCAUACCUGGACGUGGCGAUACUCCAGGUAGAAUUGUCGAAGAGCCAAGCGGACCUGGCAUUGGACUGGGCAGAGUUGAAGGCGAACCAGGUAGAAUUGGAGGAGGGCCAGAUGGAGUUGGAGGAGGUCCAGGUGGAAUUGGAGGAGGGCCAGGUGGAGUUGGAGGAGGGCCAGGAGGAGUUGGAGGAGGUCCAGGUGGAGUUGGAGGAGGACCAGGUGGAGUUGGAGGAGGACCAGGUGGAGUUGGAGGAGGGCCAGGUACAGUCACAGGAGGACCAGGCGGAGUUAGUACCAGCCCUGUAGGUGGAACAGUUAAACCCCCCAAAGGAUACAUUAGUACAGGUGGAGGACUCCUUGGUGGCACUGGAGGCCCUGGUGGAGUAAUAGGGCCUGGAGUGACAACAGGAACUGGCUUUUUGCCUGGAAGUAGCAGUCUUCUGCCAGGAGGUACAGGAGCAGGAACUGGAGGUUAUGGUGGGGUUGGAGGUUUAGGUACCAGCAGCCUUCUUCCAGUAAAUGGACUAAGGUUCCCAAGUGGAGCUGCUGUGGGUAGCAAAGGUCCUGGAUAUGGCCCUGGAACAGGAAAGCCAGCUAAAAGCUACUGGGGAACUGGAGCACUGGGUGGGUUGGGAGGCCCAGGAGGACUUGGAGGAGUUCCUGGAGGUGUUGGCACUGGUCUAGGAGGAGUUGGUGGAGGUCAAGGAAGCAUUGGUGGAGGACCUGGUGCAGUUGGAGGUGGUCUGGGUGGUCAAGGAGGAGGUUUGGGCUACCCAGGUGGAGCAGGACUAAGAGCUGGGAAACCUGGGAAAUCAGGAUUUGGCAGUUUGGGUGGAGCAGGAGGCCUAGGACUUGGAGGUACAGGUGGGGCUUUAGGAGGAGGUCCCAGUGGUGUAGGUGGAGGGCUAGGAGGCGUAGGAGGAGGACCUGGUGGCCCAGGUUACAUCUACCCAGGCGGUGCUGGACUGGGAGCUGGAGUUGGGAAGCCUGGUAAAACAGGUUAUGGCACAGGUGCCUUAGGGGGUCAAGGUUACCAGCCAGGUAGUGGAGUGCCAGGAUAUGGUGGUGGUGCGGGCGGCUACCAGCAGCCACUCCCAGGCUAUGGUGGAGUUGGACCAGGAGGAGCUGGAAGUGCACCACUUACACCUCAACAAUCUAAAGCAGCCAAAUAUGCAGCUCUCCAGAGUGCUCUAGGUGCUGGAGGCUUCAGAGGAGGUGCUGGGUGCCAAGGCAAAUACUGUGGGAGGAGGAGGAAAUGAGAGCCCUGCAACGAGAAGUGACCUCAUGAACAAGUGGUGCUACUGCAUAAUCUCGAAUGUACUUUUUGGUUUCUUGUGGGAGGAAAGUAAAAGUAUUCCCACUCAAAGUGCACCUCGUAACACGCGACAGACGUUCAGUGUUCAACUGUUACUUUGUACAUAGAUUUGAUUCAAGGAUGUAUGCAGUGUGCACUUAUGCACUCGUGGCACAAUGUAAACCCCAAGUUUAAUUUACACACAUCACUCAAUGCUUAAAGGACAGGCUUUAUUACAGCACCCAAGGGUUCACCAUGUUCACCAUGUCACUACUUAAUUUUCACUGUAACCUCACCAUAAAUUAGCUAAAAGUGUUACCAACCAUCACUAAACACCAAGAUUUCUGAUGUGUUUAACUCUGUGGUUACACCUCAGCCAAUCUCAGUCUGUCUGCCUUCACUUUCACUUCCAUAACUGCAUAUUUAAUCAUGCUGUAUGGGGAAAUGUUGCUGCUAUGUACUGUAAUAGACAAACUGUGAUAGUAAUAUCAAGUUGUCCUUAAGCUAAGUGGUUCAGACCACCUCAUCACACACUUAACACUUGCUUUUCUCUCUUUUGAUGGUGCCAUAUAUAUUUUUUUUUUGUAUUAAGGGGAGCUUAAACCGACCUCCUCAUGAGUGCACAAUGCUGUUCUUGAAAUGUAGAUGUGCUCCACGUCAAUGUGUUUGCCAUAUGUAUUAACAUUUUAUUGAACAAACAGUACUUUCUGCUGUAGGAAGUAUAUUAUCAAAGUACUGAGGAAUACAAGUUCAUGACACCUCAGGAUUUUAAGGUAGUUCUCAUCUAGUUUUUUGAUAUAGUGAGAUCUGAAUUUUCUUUCUUUCACUUUCAUUAAAUUAAAUCUCUUUUUUGUUCCUUAUGCAUUUAACCUUAGCAAUGUGUGAGUUCAAUCUUCUUACUGUGUGAUUUCUCACUGUAUGUGUUUGUUUUUUUUUUUUGUUUGUUUGUUUGUUUUUUACAUUUGUGAAUCAUGUAUGAGUAUUUGGAAAAGAAACCUGAGAUAAUGGGAAUGACGGUUCAGUCAGUGAAUCUUAUUCAUUACCAGCAGGUUUGCAAUGUUUACCUUUUGAUUUUCACAAACCUUGAAAAUCAUAUAAAACUCUUUUCAUGUGAUGCAUUUUAUAUCUUUUUUUUUUUUUUUUGCCUUUACCUAAAUAACAAAAUAAAGGAUAUUAAGGAUAGGAAAUUUAAUUGUGGAAAUCAUUCCACAGUGUGACUUUGGACUCUGUUUGUUAACAGUUAAACAAAUAGCAAUUGCGUUAUUUCAUAAAAGAAAUGCACAAUAUCAUAA